AUUUGAACGAGUUCGGAUGUUCAUUAAUAUUCGAAAUAUAACAUCAAUUAUACAAUUUAGAUGUCAAUUCGAAUUGGAUUAAAUUUUUAAUGCGAUAAUAAAAACAAGAGAAAAAAAAUUUGUAUUUCAGCGAAUUUAAAAAAAACUAAAAUACAAUAAUUUUUUUGUGGAUUAAUUGUAUAUAAUAAAUUUAUUUUCGUAUAAAGGAUAUUAUAAUUACUGUACAGAAUUACUUAACUUUUAAGUUUCAGAUUUCAUAAACAUCACAACAUAAGAAUUCUGUUGCCUGUAUACUUAUAUACCAAAAACGAACCAGCAACACAAAAUAUCAGCAGAACAGAACAGAAUGUCAACAAUUUAAAACAACAAAAACUUGGAAUUAAUUAAUUAAAUUAAUAAAAAAACAGAAACCAAGAAAAAAAAUUAAAAACCAAUAAAAUCAAUUUAAUUUUUAUCUCAAGAAAAUUAUUUAAGAAAAAAAAUUUUAUAAUCAAUGCAAAAUGGGUGCUACAAAAGUUGGCGGUAAAAAUUUAAUAAAAACUAGCCUGUUAUCAUUAAAAUUAGUGACAUUUCUUGUUUUAAGUGGCAUAUCAGCAGUUCACAUAUUAAACUCAUACCAACCAUUUAUAUGGGGAUUAAAUUUUGAAGAAUAUCGUAUAAUUAGCAUUGUAAUACCAUUAAUUUCAAUUAUUGGACCAUUAAUUGCUGGUCCAUUAGCUGAUAAGUUAGCUGCUAAAAAUACAAAUUCAUUUGGAAGAUCAUUAAGAUUUCUUCUUGCUAUAUUCCUUAUACUAUCUGCCAUUUUCUAUGCCUUAUUAUUUGUUAUACCACCGGUAAAAAGAGAAGAAGCACGACGUCCAGAAGUUAGUUUUAGUUGUGAUUCAACUGGUGCUGUUAUAUUUCAAGAACGUUGCUCUGAAUUAAAUGAACCAUGUCAUAAUUGGAAAGAGAAAAUUGGUUCAUUGGUAUUAACAAAUUGUACAUAUACAUGUCAAAAUCCAAAACAAUUUGAAAAUUUAUAUAAACCAUGGGUUAAAGGAACACCAGUACCACCAACAACAGAAACAAGUGCUGAAUCUGAUUAUCAUGAUUAUGAUGAGGCAUCAUCAAGUGUAACAGAAAGUAUAAGAUCAGAUAGUUUAAGACUUAUAGAUGAUUUAAAUAUUGAUGAUGGUUUAGAAAGGAUAAGUGCAGAACAUCGUUUUGGUAAACGUAGAAAAAGACAAGAUGUUGAUGUUAAUUUUGUACCAGAUAAAGUAUAUGUUGAACCACCACAUUUAUGUACAAAAGGCAAAAAUGAAAAUGGUACAGAUGUAAUAAAACAUUGUCACGUUUACACUGUUGAUACAGAAAAUUUAAAAGUUCAUGUAACAUUAAGAACAACAAAUCAAGAAGCCCAGCAACAACAACAGCAUCAACAAUCUCAAAAUGAAACUGAAAAUGAAGAAUGGUGUAAUUAUCCUCUUGAUGGAUUCCAAUGUAAUGUACCAGAAGCUCAAGCCGAAUGGAUGAAAGCCUAUACAAAUAUGUCAGAUUGUAAACCAACUGUUGAAUGUGAAGUUGUUGAUCCUUAUGAUAGCCCGAAAAGUGUUCUUGCCGACAGCCAAUGUAUUAAAAUUGAAGGUGAUAUCGAUACAACCUUAUGGGGUUAUUCAGUUUUACGUGCAAUUGCUGAAAUUUGGCCACUUGGAGCUUUAACAUUAUUAAAUACUGCCAUUAUUAUUGCUGUUCGAGAUACAUCUGAAGGUAGAGGGGAAGUAUGCCGACAAUAUGUAUGGGGUGCAAUUGGUUAUGUUAUUAUAAUACCAACAUUACAAAUUGGUUUUUCUAAAUCAUCUGAUGGUUCAUAUGAUUUUGCAUUAAUUGCAAUGAUUGUUGCUGUUGUAUCAUUUUUAGUUGCUGCAAUUGUACUUUUAACAUCAACAAGAAUGCCAAUAAGCCCACCUGAAUGGUGGUGGCAUACAAAAUCUGGUAUGCUUGUUUAUCCAAUGUCAGCAAUAAGAAAAUAUUGGCCAGAGAUGACAUUAGUUGCUGUUGUUGCUCUUAUAUAUGGUAUUUUCUGGGGCAGCAUACACAGUUAUUUUAGAUUUGAAUACAAUGAUACUGAAGGUCUUACAGCGAUUGCAUUAAUUUUUGUUUUAUUAUUAUUAUUCAAUCAAGAUAAAUUUAUUGAAUAUUGCGGCCAUUCAAAUAUUUUAAUAGCUGGAUUUUCACUAUUUAUAAUACGUUUUACAGCAUUAGCUGAAAAUAUACAUUGGUUAAAUGUUACAAUGGAAAUUUUAGAACCAUUAAUUAUUGGUAUGGUAUGGAUUACAUGUAUUUUAUAUAUGAGACAUGUUAUGCCAAGAAAAUUUACAGCAACUGGACAAGCACUUAUUGUGAUAAUGUUCUGGUGUUUAGGAAAAUUCUUUGGUGCUUUAAUUGGUUUAGCUAAAGAUCAUCGUCAACCACAUAAUGAUCAUUGCAUGUAUCAUGGUUUAGCAAUUGCAGCUUUAAUUAUUUCAAUUAUUUAUUUCAUUAUGUAUAAUUUGGUAUUAGCACCCAGAUGUGCAGCUAAACCACAACCAGCUCCAAUACACUUAUCACAACCUGCCUUAAAUGGUUCUGGUACAGCGACAGGUGGUAAUACUAAUAGUGGUUCUAAUGGUAAUUACACACCUCUUAGAGUUUAUCAUAACGAACGAGGAAAGAAAGGACAAUUUAGAUAUUAGAUUUUGACAAAAAUAACAAAAAAGAAAAAAAUUUGCAUAAAAAAAACAUUUUUUUUUAAUUAUUAGUUUUUGUAUUUUGUAAAAUUUUUGUCCUUUAAAAAUAGUUUUUUAAAUAUUUUGUAAAACGCUUCUUUUUAUUUUUUUGUUUUUAAAGUUAUUUUUAAAAAUAAUAAAAUAAUAAUUUUAAAUUUAAAGAAAAAAACACGCAUUAAAAAUACAUUUUUGAAAUUAAACCAAACUUAAUACUAAGAUUCCAGUGAAAUAAUGAAAAAACUUUGUCCCAGUAUAAAAAUUUGACAAAAGAUUGUAAGAAAAUUUAUAACUGCCAAACUAUUUUAGACGCUCAAUUAACCCAUGUGUAUCUCACAUUUGUGUCUUCUAUGUUAACCAUUUAUAUAAAUUCGAGAAUAUUACAAAUAUUCUUACUUACUAGAUUAGAUGAAUAAAUUACUUUGAUUAAAUUAGAAAAUCAUCGGAAACAAUUAAAUUUUCUUCAUAUAAUUGCAUCUGUCAAAAUUUAGAUUUACUAUUCGAACUCGUUUCUUUCAUUAAUGUAAUUGUAACAGUUGGUUUUAAUAAAUGGCUAAAAGUAUAUACAUUUAAUAAAUUUAUAUUGUCUUUGUAACAUGCCGCAUUGAAUAACACAAUGUAUAAUACAUAUAGUGCUUGUAUAACAAACUAAAUAACAUUACAUUAUUUUUGACAUAUAGCACUGCAAUUACUAUAUAUUUUCGUAUAUAUUAAUAAAAGAACUACAAUUAUUGCUGCAUACAUGUAUAAAUAUUCGACAUCAUUUAAUUUGAAUUCUUCACACAGAAACUUAGUAUUAAGUUUUAUGCCAAAAUAUAUUAUUUUAAUAUAGAAAACAUAAAAAAAAAACUAUGUAUAAUAAAUAAUAAUAAUAUAAUAUUUUAAUAAAAUUUGAAUAUAGUACUGAAAUUAUAAUAAAAAUAAUAUUAUUUUACUAUUUAUACAAAUAUAUUGCGUAUGCCUGCCGAAUUCAAUUUACAGUUCAAUAAAAUUUAUACAAAUAAACGAAGUUGGGAAAAAUUCAUACUAAUUUUGCGAUUUUGAAAUUUUAGUUACAUAUUGGCAACACUAUAAAAUAAGCACAGUUAAAUAAAAUAACCGUUUAUUUGUAUUUUAUUUUUGUUUUUUUUUUUUUUUUGUUUGCAUACGUAACUACCGACUCCAUUUUUUUUUGUAUUGUAAAUUUUAUUUUUCUGUUAAUUUUAAGUUAAAAAUUUUUUUAAAAACUAUUUAGAAAUUUAAAAUAAGGAGAAAAAAAAAUACUUUAAAAAUUUUAAGCAUUGCGAUGACAACAUUGUUUAUAUUUUAAUAAUAAUAAUAACAAAAUAAUAAACUCGUAAUUUAAUAACGAAUUCGAAUGAAUCCGAAUUCACAAAUUCAUUUUCGGAUUCGAAAAUAAUAAAGUUUUCGUAUGAACUAAAUGUCAAUUUUUUUUAAACUUAUAUUUCAAAAAUAUUUCUCAUUAGAAUUAUGCAAUAUUCUUUGAUUGUAUGAAAUUCAAAUAGAAACAACUAUAAAAAUUUAAGAUUUGAAUAAAAAGAAACAAGGUUGUUUAAUAAUCAGGGUUGCUGUAUCGCUAUUAAAUCACUAAAAUUGAAAUCGCAAUGGAAAUAUUAUGAAAGCUGUGUAGGCUGACGCGAUUAAAGUCAAAAUAGAAUUUGAAAUUUAAAAAAAUAAAAUUGAAGUCAUGAUCGAAUUCAAGAAUAUUUUGGAGCUUACUCGGCAACCCUGAUUAAAAUUACUAUACUUACUUUUAAUUAUAAAAAUUCAGUUUCUUAGACUUAUUUUGAAAAAUAUAAGAGAAAAUAAAAACCAAAUGUGUUCUUUUAAAAUUGAAGACAACAAAAAUAUUUCUUUUUUUUUUUUAAUUUUUUUUUUUACUAACUUUUAAAUUUUAUUGUAAUCAAAUUUUUUUUUUUAAUUAAAUUAAAUUUUUAAAAAUAAAUCUAAUCCAUGCAAAUUUUUACAGAACUAUAAAAACCAUGACAAUGUAAUUAAAAUUAAAAUAAAAUAAAAAAAAAUUUUAUUAAUAAGAAGUUUAAGAAAAUUUAUCUGUUAAACAUUUGUUUUUGAUAAAAAAAAAGGAAAAAAUUAAAAAUUAAAUGUUUAUAAUUUCGUAAAAUAAAAUUAAAAGUCUUAUUGUGUAUAGCGAAUUCGCCAAGAAACUUGGCGAAUGUUACCUAUUUUGGUAUUAUGUAUGGGGAAUCCGCCAGAAUCUUUUUGCGAAUUUACAAACAAUAAGAUAAGUGAAAAUACAAUGUGACAAGUAAGAAAAUUUGUCAAAACUAUCAACAAUUUUAUUUUCUUAAUUUACUUUAAAAUAUUGUUAAUAUUUAUUUCAGUGCUGCCAUUGUGUUAUUAAAUUCGCUCAUCAUACAUAAUACCAAAUACUAGCGAAUUCGCUAACUAAAGAGAAUUCAACAAAUUGGUGAAUUCGCAAUAUACAUAUAAAAAGUUCAUAAUUCACAUAAAACAGAUCAAUUUUAUUUUAAUCAUACGUAUGGUGAAUAAAAAAAAUUUGUUGAAUAUCUAAGAAAUUUUAUAUAAUAAUAACUACACUAUAUUAUGUACUUGUAUUUCAAAACGAAACUGAUU